UUUCCGAAUGAAACUAUGUGGUUUUGGAUAUGACAAUGCUAACGGUUCAUCUUCCUCGGCGAUUUUCCAGUCUCACAAGAGCUCCAGGUAGAUCGAUCGAAAGCUUCCAAAAUAAUCGCAUUAUCCCCCUUUCUUCCAUAAGGGUUACCAAAGAUUCUUCAUUCAAACUUCGAUGCAUCAGGAAAGAUAGCAACCACAAAGCAUCUCAGGCUUUCUCAGUUCUGAAAACGGACCUCCAAUCCGACAAUGGAAGCACAUGGAGCACCAUGGCCUUUUAUGUCUUUAGUCUGCACAUUCCUCUGAGCUUUGGAGGACUCUCUGUUGUUGCACAACUUCUGAAUCAGACUCAUCUUAAUCCCGACAUUCAGGCAUUGUCAUUGCUUUUGAUACAAACUUUAGAGCUGGGGGCAUUUAUGUUACUUUUACAAUUCUCCGAGAAGCCAUUUAACAUUUUAAGCUUCUUUAAAACUAGAGUUUUCCCUAAAGAAAGAAACUGGUUAUUAGCAUCUGUGAUUGGACUUGGUUUCCUUCUUGCAUUCAUCUUCCUUACAUCUUUUGUGGCCGACAAAUUAAUCGGGCCCAAGGAUGUGAACAACCCAAUUAUGAAGGAAGUUCUUUCGGGUGGGCCCCUUUCGGUGUUUUGGUUAGCUCUUGUUUAUUGUGUUGUGACUCCGGUUCUUGAGGAAACGGUUUAUAGAGGGUUUCUAUUGACGUCUCUUGCGUCAAGAAUGGAAUGCAAAAAAGCGGUUGUGAUAAGUUCUAUUGUUUUCAGUGCAACUCAUUUAUCUAUUGACAAUUUUUUACAAUUAUGUGUUAUUGGGGUUGUUCUUGGAUGCUCUUAUUGUUGGAGUGGUACUUUGAUUUCCCCUUUUAUUAUUCACUCACUAUAUAAUCUUCUUAUUUUAGUUGUUACCUUUAUAUCUUAAUCGCAUUUGUUUUUGGCA